UUGUUGACGUUCGAACCGUAAGGAGAUUCGAGUACUGGACUUGUGAAUUUUGGUUUCUUUUUCAUAAUUUUCUAAGAGACAAGAUGUCAGUCGCUUGUGCUUCUCGGUUUGCUGUAUUAAAGUUAGAAGACGAAGAGCCCACAACGACAACACCCAAAUUAGAAAAAAGUAGAAACGUCGCGAAUCCACAGGAAUGUAAACAAUCUAAUGAGUCUAAAACAAAGAAGAAGAAAAAGAAGAAUAGUCAAGAUUCUGAGCUGCAAAAUUUAGCUUUUGGUGUUACAAAAACUCCAAAGUCAAAGUCAGCAAAUCAAUCAAAACAGAACCAGGCACAGUCUACAAGUGGAAAUCAAUGGGAAGAAUGGAAAAAACAAGAUGCCAAAUAUGUUUCUGAUGCAUAUGAACAAGAUCUUCAACAAGCAAUUCUACUGAGUAAAAUUGAUUUUGAGGAAAAGAAAGAUUUUUAUAAUUCAGUACAAAAAGAAAAUGAAACAAGUAAAUCUAGUAGUUCAAAUCAAAAGAAGAAAAAUAAGGGAAAUCAAAAGAAAGAUAAGACAAUGACAUUGAAGGACUUUCAAAAUUCAUCAAGUGAAAGUAAUUCAAGUGCAGCAAAUGCAAAUGCCAUCCAAGAUAAAAAUCCUCCAAAUUCAGAUGAAAGCAAAUUCUUCGACAAGAUUGAGGAAGAUGCUGAAGAAAUUAUUCAUAAAGAAUAUCGAAAGGAUGCUUAUCAGAGAAUAGAAGCUUAUAGAGAUGAUCAUGUUCGAAAUAUACAAUAUCAAGAUGAACUAGAGAAAAAAGACCAAGAGAUUGCAAAAUUAUCAGAAGAGGUAGAUAGGUUGAAGUUAGAAAUGAAAGCAGUGAAAGAAAGAAAUAAAAAAAUGUUAAAAGUGCUGCUUGAAGCAGAAAUGCAUGAGAAAGCAGAAAUUAUUAUAAAAGUAGAACAAAUAACUAAAGUAAAGGAUGAAUUAACUGAACAGGUUUCACUAUUACAUACUGCUUUAGAACAAGAAAGAUCAAAAGUUCAUGCAUUAACAACAGAAUUAAAAAAAUUUCAAAAUAAAAAGAAGGAUACCAAACAAUAAAAUGUACAAAUUCUUCAUGGUUUUAUUACUCUCUCUCAUCUGGCCAAUUUUUUACAAAAGGGAGUGAAUUCAUAUCAGCGAGGUCUUUCAUACCAAUGCCUAUUGUGUAAUCUUAUGCAAA